AUGAAUGAUUACAAUUCAACUGCUUGUGGAGAUGGUCUCUUUGGGCCCAGCGUUUGGACUGAGGGAUGUCGCGGCGGAUUUGAUUUUACUCUGUCCUUCCAAGAGAGUAUCUUGAGUAUAGCUCCAUCUGCAGUGUUUCUCGCACUUGCUGGCCCCCGAGCAUACUAUCUUUUCAAGACUCCAGACAAGGCAAAGCGUCACGCGACUUAUACGCCUAAACUUAUUACAUCAGCUACAUAUGCAGUGUUGCAGGUCGUCCUACUAGCAUUAGUGCCUUCCGCAAAGGAACUCAACACUCGCUUCUCCCUCGCUGCAGCCAUAUUGAACCUUCUAGCCGGCUUUUCGAUCGUUCUGCUAGCUCAUGUAGAGCACGUCAAGUCUGUUCGGCCAUCUUUCCUACUAACUGCAUAUCUUUUUGUGACGCUACUAUUUGACACCGCACGACUACGCACAGAAUGGCUCCUGUCCCUCAACAUCGCCUAUGCCGCGACUUUAUCUGCUUCGGCAGUUUUCAAGCUGGCAUUGUUGGUCUUGGAGACGGUUGAAAAGCGAAAGAUCUUGAUUUCCAGCGAUAAAACCAUCUCCAAGGAGAGUACGAGUGGACCUUUUAGCCGGGGUUUCUUUGUCUGGUUGAACUCGCUACUCGUCUCAGGUUGGGCUACAGUCUUGACCAACAAUGACUUACCUGCAAUUUAUGAGAAGCUAUCCUCGGAGAGACUUGCAGUCAGGUUUGGCAAAGCUUGGCAGAGAGCAUCGUUAUCGAGCAAGCCAUCCUUGUUCAAAAUGACUGUCAGUGUUUUGAGAUGGGAACUUUUGGGUAUCAUACCACCUCGUAUUGGAAUGAUUGCUCUGAGCAUCUCUCAACCCUUUCUCGUCAGCAAUGCGCUGCGGUUCUUAACUAUGCCCGCCUCGGAGUCUACUACCAACUUGGGCUACGGCUUGAUCGGCGCCUUUGCUUUUGUCUUUAUCGGUUCUGCGAUACUCACAGCGUGGUAUGAGCAUUUGACCUUCAGGGCUGGUGCCAUGGUCCGUGGUGGUCUCAUCACCCUGAUAUAUAGCAAGAUGAUGAAGCUUCCCAUUGACGACCUCGCCGAGUCUUCAGCUGUGACACUUAUGGGCAAUGAUGUGGAGACGCUCAUUGAGAAAUUACACUUCCUGCUGGUUGAGUCUUGGGCAAACACGCUCACUGUAGCCAUUGCCAUGUACAUGUUGGCGGCCCAACUUGGCGCUGUUUGCGUUGCGCCUAUCGUCACAGGAAUUAUUUGCCUCUUCCUCACAGGUUCAAUCGGCAAGAUGAUGGUCUCACGCCAGAUCAAGUAUCAAAAGGCUACGCAAGACCGCAUCAACCUCACCAACGAAGUCCUCAGCUCUAUGAAACCAGUCAAGAUGCUUGGACUAUCAGAGAGAUUCCAGAGUCUCAUUUCUCAGAAGCGAGAUGAUGAAAUCAGUACGGCAAAACACUAUCGUUUGAUUAAUGUUUACCUCAACAUGAUUACAAACUGUAACAUCGGAAUGACUGAGGCUAUCACUUUUGGAGCAUACGCCAUCGCAGCAAAGCUCGGAAACGGCGAGCCUUUUUCUGCAGCACAAGCUAUUACAGCCUUGUCCAUCCUGGGUGUCAUGAUGGAACCCCUCUCGCAGCUUCUGGGAAGCAUUCCUGGAUCUUUUUCGGUAUUUGGCUGUUUCACAAGAAUGGAGGAUUUCCUCACAUUGGAAGAAAGAGUUGAUCGUCGUCAGAUUCAAGGUCGUCAUACAGAAUCCUCCAGAGAAAGCACGCGUCCUGUGCAGGAGACUUUCCAAUCGACAGCUAUGAGAGAAAUCCAGAUUGGAGCCGACGGAAGUAAAAUCUUAAUAGCGGAUGGUAACUUCAACUGGGGUGAGAAGGCUGUUCUUCAGGAUAUCAACACUUCUUUCCCAAGCCACAAGGAUGGGUCCCUCACUAUGCUGGUUGGACCAGUUGGUUCGGGCAAAUCGAGUUUGCUAAAAGCCAUCCUGGGCGAAACGACAUCUUCUAAUGGCAGCGUGUCCUUGAAUGUGUCAGAAGUGGCCUUUUGCGACCAGACUCCCUGGGUUAUGAACGCCACUAUCCGCGCCAACAUCAUUGCAGAGUCCAAGGGAUAUGACAGCGCCUGGUUUGACACAGUCGUCAGCGCUUGCGAUCUGACCAUCGACCUGGGGCGACUUCCCGAAGGAGAUCUCACUCAGGUCGGCGAGCAGGGUAUCAAGUUGAGUGGAGGCCAGAAGCAAAGGAUCGCCAUUGCCCGUGCGGUGUACUCGAGAAAGCCGAUUGCCAUUUUUGACGAUGUUUUCAGUGGUCUUGAUAAGGUUACCGAACAGAUCAUCUUUACUCAAGUCUUUGGAAAGGAUGGUCUUCUUCGAAAGAACGGAACCACCAUUAUUUUGGCUACUCACGCAGUGAACAGGUUGCCCGAGUCCGACUUUGUGGUUGUUCUCGACAAAGGCGGAAAACUCAUUGAACAAGGCACAUAUUCUGACCUUCGAUCUGGACAUGGAUACAUCAACAACCUUGAUAUUUCAAGCCACGACGAGCACGAUGGCCAGGCUCAGACUGAGACUCAGAGUGAACCCGAGAGGGACAAAACUGAUACAAAAGUCCAAACACCAGACCAAGAGGCUACGAAAGUCCCCAGUGACAGAACUGUUUUUAUGUACUACUUCAAGUCUAAUGGAUUGCACAACAUGGCUCUCCAAGCACUCCUCAUUGCCAGUGCAGGAGUCCUUACAGCGUUCCGAUAUGUCUGGGUAACUUGGUGGGGUGAUGGGAAGGGACGUGAGAGUACAGAUGUUGGGUACUGGCUCAGUAUAUAUGCGGUCAUGUCCCUCUUUGAAGGAUUGCUUAUCACGGCUGCUAUUGCAUUGUUCCUCUUGGUUAUUGCGCCCAUCAGUGGCAAGGUGCUACAUUCACGACUCUUGAAGGCUGCUAUAAGGUUCAGCCAGGAUUUGCGCCAUGUCGAUAUUAUCCUUCCCAUAGCUUGUUCAAUCUUCCUCUUUGAGGUUGCUGCAUGCUUCGGAGCUGCUGGUCUCGCCAUGGCAGCCGUGAGUUGGUUUGCCAUCUCGAUUCCCUUUGUCGUGGCCAUUCUGGUACUCAUCCAGCGCUUCUACGUCCGAACUUCGAAACAACUUCGUUUAAUAGAGAUUGAACAUAAAGCUCCUCUAUUUUCGCAUUUCCUCGAAACCAUCAGCGGCCUUGCCACUAUUCGUGCUUUCGGCUGGACGCAACCGUACACUGACAAGGUUCUAACUCGCAUCGACGACGCUCAGAAACCAUCUUACUUGCUCAACUGUAUCCAACGAUGGCUUACUCUGGUUCUAGAUAUGGUGGUCGCCUGUCUGACAAUUAUCCUUGUCAUCUUUGCCGUCACGCUUCGCGAGAAGAUUAACCCUUCACUUCUUGGUAUCGCACUUGUCAACAUGAUGCGACUCGGCACCAACAUGAAGGGUAUUGUUCUCAACUGGUCAAUCCUUGAGACUUCGCUGGGUGCUAUUGCGCGCAUUCGCAUGUUUUGCUCUUCUGCGCCGAACGAGGAGAAACCAGGAGAGAACAAUAGCCCAGAAGAAGGUUGGCCAAGAUACGGAGGUCUAGAAGUCAAGAACGUGGAUGUCCAAUAUGAUCUCAAGCCUGGUGAGAAACUCGGCAUAUGUGGUCGAAGCGGCAGUGGAAAGAGUUCUUUUGUGCAAGCCUUACUCCGAAUGGCUGAAGUAGUCAACGGGCAGAUCACUCUUGACGGAGAGGAUAUCUCUGUUAUACCCAGACAUCUCAUCCGCCAACGCUUGAGUUGCCUUACGCAGGAUCCUUUCGUCUUUGGGGACAGCAUCAGAGCUAACCUCGAUCCAUGCAAUGUAUCGUCAGAUGACGAGAUUAGAAACGCACUAGAACGUGUGGGAAUUCUGUCCGUUAUCCAAGCCAAGAUUGAUGGCGACAAAACCCUUCUUGACGAGAAGAUGGACGAGAACUUCUUGUCUCACGGCCAAAGACAACUAUUCUGUCUUGCAAGAGCUCUUCUCAAGAAAAGCUCCUUGCUCAUCCUCGAUGAGCCAACAAGCAGCGUCGAUACACAGACAGACGCCAGAAUGCAGGAAGUCAUUCGCACAGAGUUUUCGGACUGCACUAUCAUCAUGAUUGCCCAUCGCAUUGAUACGCUGCUCGACUUUGACAAGGUUGCUGUUCUUGAUAGGGGCUCUUUGGUUGAGUUUGGGGCGCCGCAAGAGUUGUUGGCAGAUGUGGGUGGUGAUUUUACGAAGCUGUAUCGUGCCAAUAAAGGGAGGAAGACAGAGUGA